AUGACUUUUGUCCAUUCCCAAACUGUGGUCACCAACGCUGCGAAGACUGUGCCGUUGAAAGCGUCAAUCAGCCCAAGUCCUAAUCGCCUCAGAGGUUCACCGAUGCACGACACACGACGCCAACCUAACGAAGCAGAUUUCAACCCAAAAGGAUAA